ACAACACCUAUCGAUCCAUUCAUUGAUUUAUUAUCACCUGUUUGUGUGUGUCAGUUAUCAUCAAUUAACUCCUCCCACCUGCUCCUACCUUUCCAGGUGUCCUCGAUUUAUUAUUUAUUUUUUACGUGAAGUGCGUGAUAUCCGGCAGCGCGGAGAGUUGUCGCGAGAUUCAGGUGAAUCGGAAGGGAAGUGAAGAGAGGAGAACCUCCCGCAGCGCACCUGUCCGCAGGUAAACAACCGGAGGAAAGGAAGAGAGGAAUAAAAAGAAACAAUGAGUAACCCCAUCCCGUCCAAUCUGAAGUCAGAGGCCAAGAAAGCCGCCAAGAUCCUGCGAGACUUCACCGAAAUCUCCAACAGGAACGGACCUGACAAACUCAUCCCCCCACAUGUGAUAGCGAAGGCCGAGGGUCUGGCCAUCAUCUCCGUCAUCAAGGCCGGCUUCAUGAUCACAGCCAGAGGAGGCAGCGGCAUCGUCAUCGCCAGACUGUCCGACAGACGUUGGUCUGCACCUUCUGCCAUCGGCAUCGCUGGUCUGGGGGGAGGCUUUGAGAUCGGGGUGGAGGUGUCAGACCUGGUGAUCAUCCUGAACCAGCGUAGGGCCAUUGAGGCAUUCACGAAGGGCGGGAACCUGACGCUGGGCGGAAACUGCACUGUCGCUGUGGGACCUAUGGGCAGGAACGUGGAGGCAGACGUGGCUCUGCGUAGCACUGCAGCAGUUUUCACCUAUUGCAGGUCCAGAGGUUUGUUUGCAGGUAUUUCAUUGGAGGGGUCCUACCUGAUCGAACGCAAAGACACAAACCGCAAGUUUUACUCCCAGGACAUCCGAGCGUCUGCCAUUUUGAACGGAGAUGUUGAGCCGCCAUCAGAGUGCCACGACCUUUACCACAUCCUGGACGCCUACACUGAGGCCUACACCACAGACUGGACCAACAAGAACAUGCGACCAAAGCAGUCGUCUGCUCCAUCCAGACCUCCAGCUCCGCCUCAGCAGAGACCAGCAGCCAGCUACCAGAAACCAGCAACCGACACUGGUGCAUGGUCAGGUACAGGAAGUAAAAACGCCCUCUAUCCAUCUGUCUCCAUCUAUAAAUCUGAGUCCUCAGGUCAGUUUGCCUCCAAAAACUCCCAGAGCUACGGUGGAGGACCAUCAAUGGGCGGAGCCAGUGGGCAGCUGGUUGUCACAGCAACCCACCCAUUCACAGGGCAGCAGCCUGGCGACCUGAGCUUUGCCCCCGGCGACCGAAUCACCGUCAUCACUAAGAGUGAGUCCCAGUACGACUGGUGGGAGGGAAAACUGGACGAUGGGCGGAUCGGGAUCUUCCCCGCCAACUUUGUUACAUACUGAUGCUGCCCCCUGGUGGUCGGUGGAGGGACUGCAGCUGAACGACAGUCUCUACGGGAAGCAGCAGGGGUCAAUAUCAAUAAUGAAAUAUUUUGGGGUUUUGUACUGUGUUUCAAAACAUGACAUUUAAGAUGUAAUCUCCCUUUGCUCUGGGAUACUUUAACAUUUGUUUUCUGAUGUUUUUUAGACAAAACCAUCAAUCGAUUUAUUGAGAAAAUAAUCAGCAGAUUAGUUAAUAAUGAAAACAAUCAGUUGCAGCAGUAAUUACGGCUUUGUAAUUUCUAAAUAAUUUCCUAGAAAGUUUUCUACAUGAUUUACUACAAAUUUUAUACAAAAAAAUAGGUAUUUUCUUGUUACAACAGCUUUAAUUAAAACCCUAACCCUAAACUGCUCAGUGUUGACUUCAGGCAACUUUGGAGUGUUGGAAAUCUCCACUAACUGAUGUCUCAGCACUUGUUCAGCUGUUGUAGAUGCUCGUUUGUUUGUUUGUUUGUUUAUGUGUUUAUUUAGAGGUGGGGUAACUACAAAAUUGUACUAAAAAUAUCUUAAGCACCAUUUUGCUGUCCUUCCCCUUCAGAAUAAAACUGAGAAAAACAAAAAGACAAAAAGUUCUUUUACAUUUAGUACCAAAAUAAAAUUGCACUUUUCAUUCUCACAAAGAUACUUCAAAAUAAAAGCACUUUUCAAACCAGAUGAACGUUAACUUGAAUUUUAGCAUUAAACUUUCAGAUAUAGACUUUCUUAUUCACUGUGUGUUCAGUAUGUAAAGCUUCAUUUCUGGGAUCUGUUACUGUCUCCACUUUUAAAAUGUCUCCACAGCAGUAAAUAGGAUGUGGGUGGGAUUAAAUAUUUUUUGACACUUAUCUCUGUUUAUAGUUUUUAUAUAAUAAUGGAUUUGUUUUAAAGACAACUGUAGGAUUAUUCUGUCAGUUUAGUAUGAUUCACAUAAUCGUGGUGUUUUUGGGAUUGUUUUUACAUAUCAGAUUCUGUAUGAA